CAACGUGGGACUCGGAGAAGGGCCUGAAUGGCAGUUUGCAAGAGAGGCCCAUGGGUAGCCGCCUCCAAGGACUGACUCUCAAAGUGGUGACUGUCUUGGAAGAGCCUUUUGUGAUGGUGGCUGAGAACAUCCUUGGACAGCCCAAGCGCUACAAGGGGUUCUCUAUAGAUGUCCUGGAUGCACUGGCCAAGGCUCUGGGCUUCAAAUAUGAGAUUUACCAGGCCCCUGAUGGCAGGUACGGUCACCAGCUCCAUAACACCUCCUGGAACGGGAUGAUCGGGGAGCUCAUCAGCAAGAGAGCAGACUUGGCCAUCUCUGCCAUUACCAUCACUCCAGAGAGGGAGAGUGUUGUGGACUUCAGCAAGCGGUACAUGGACUAUUCAGUGGGGAUUCUAAUCAAGAAGCCUGAGGAGAAAAUCAGCAUCUUCUCUCUUUUUGCUCCAUUUGAUUUUGCCGUGUGGGCCUGCAUUGCAGCUGCCAUCCCUGUGGUUGGUGUGCUGAUAUUUGUGUUGAACAGGAUACAGGCAGUGAGGGCUCAGAGUGCUGCUGCCCAGCCCCGGUCAUCGGCUUCUGCCACUCUGAACAGCGCCAUCUGGAUUGUCUACGGAGCCUUUGUACAGCAAGGUGGCGAAUCUUCUGUGAACUCUGUGGCCAUGCGCAUCGUGAUGGGCAGCUGGUGGCUCUUCACGCUCAUUGUGUGCUCCUCCUACACAGCCAAUCUUGCUGCCUUCCUUACAGUGUCCAGGAUGGAUAACCCCAUAAGGACAUUCCAGGACCUGUCCAAACAAGUGGAGAUGUCUUAUGGCACCGUCCGGGAUUCUGCUGUAUAUGAAUACUUCCGAGCCAAGGGCACCAACCCCCUGGAGCAGGACAGCACAUUUUCUGAGCUCUGGAGGACCAUCAGCAAGAAUGGAGGGGCUGACAACUGCGUGUCCAGUCCUUCAGAAGGCAUCAGGAAGGCAAAGAAGGGGAACUAUGCCUUCCUGUGGGAUGUGGCCGUGGUGGAAUACGCAGCCCUGACAGAUGACGACUGCUCAGUUACUGUCAUCGGCAACAGCAUCAGCAGCAAGGGCUAUGGAAUUGCCCUGCAGCAUGGCAGCCCCUACAGAGACCUCUUCUCCCAGAGGAUCCUGGAACUGCAGGACACAGGUGAUCUGGAUGUGCUCAAGCAGAAGUGGUGGCCACACACAGGCCGCUGCGAUCUCACCAGCCACACCAGCGCCCAUGCCGACGGCAAAUCCCUCAAGCUGCACAGCUUCGCCGGGGUCUUCUGCAUCCUGGCCAUUGGUCUGCUCCUGGCCUGCCUGGUGGCCGCCCUGGAGUUGUGGUGGAAUAGCAACCGGUGCCACCAGGACACCCCCAAAGAGGACAAGGAAGUAAACUUGGAGCAGGUCCAUCGGCGCAUGAACAGCCUAAUGGAUGAAGAUAUUGCUCACAAGCAGAUUUCCCCAGCCUCUAUUGAGCUCUCGGCCCUGGAGAUGGGGGGCCUGGCUCCCAGCCAGACCUUAGAGCCGACGCGGGAGUAUCAGAACACCCAGCUCUCAGUCAGCACCUUUCUGCCAGAGCAAAGCAGCCACGGUACCAGCCGGACACUCUCGUCAGGUCCCAGCAGCAACCUGCCGCUGCCGCUGAGCAGCUCGGCCACCAUGCCCGCCAUGCAGUGCAAACACAGGUCGCCCAAUGGGGGGCUAUUCCGACAAAGCCCGGUGAAGACCCCCAUCCCCAUGUCCUUCCAGCCCGUGCCUGGGGGCGUCCUUCCAGAGGCUCUGGACACCUCCCAUGGCACCUCCAUCUGACCACGCCGCCUGCCCUCCCACCUGCCCACCAACCCACCCGACCAGCAGAGCUUUUUAAUACAAGAAACAACAACACAAACCACACACACAACACACACACACACACACACACACA